AUGGGAUUAAUAAGUGGACACCUGCUGCUGCUGAUGGCAAGUCUUCCUGCCCUGGAAGCCAGUGAGGCCAUUGAUGAGAGCAGUCCCUUCUACUAUUACUGGGAGACCCUGCAGCUGGCAGGAGUCCUCUGCUUGGUUGGCAUAGCCUUCGUCCUGAGCAACGAAUGUAAAUGCAAAACUAAAAAGGAGCAGAGCCCGGUACCUGAGAGUGCUGUCCCGUUCAUUGUGCCAGGGUCUGUGAGGACCUGAUGAGCCAGGAAGCUUCCCCUUCGAGGUCUGUGCCCCGGGCAAAGGCUGUUCUCUCUGGGAUCCCCAGGGUCCCUCUUGAUGGAAAACAGGACGAGCUUUCUUUGUUAAAAACCCUUCUCCCUUCUAAAAAAAAGAGAAAA